AUGUGGUUAGUCUGGACCAGCAGAAAUUUGAUUGUCCAUGAAGGAAAAGUUGAAGAACCGACUUCAAUUCUAGCACGGGCAAAGGCGAUGUUAUCGGUAAAGAAAAAUCAAUCUCAACUUCUGAAGAUAUCCACAAUCACCCAAACUUUCGAGAUUCCAGAUUGGAUAUCUCCGCCAAUGGAUUGGAUCAAAAUAAAUUGCGAUGGGUCUUGGAACAUUGAUUCAGUGAAUGGAGGAGGAGGGUUCGUUAUUAGAAGUCAUAGACACCAAUUCGUUCUUGCAGAAGCGAUCUAUAUUUCAUGUGGUUCAGCAGAAGAGGCAGAGAUACACACAAUCAAAGAAGCCAUGAAAAAAACUUGCGAAAGAAAAGACCAACAAGUAGUGAUUGAAAGUAAUGUUGAAGGAAUUAUUCAGAAGAUAAAUCGAAAAGAUUUUAAUGGGAACCAUAGAACCCAGAUUUUGUUUUCUGACAUUAAAUACCUAAUCUCUAGAUUUAGAAAAAUGCUUUUCACUUUUGUUCACGGCACCAGUAAUGGAGCUGCUCAUAAUGUAGCCCUAUGGGCAAAAACAAACCAGACAGAUAUGGCCUAG